CACACACACCUCCUCCAGUCUUCACCUCUGCGUACAGUCAGUACCCGCGACACUCCUCACUGAGCCUACACACAACUUCAGUCUCUCCGUUCCACGGCUUUUGCUCUGAAAAAACAACAACAAAGUGCUCGGACAUCCUCGCUAAGGUUGAGACCAGCCCGUGUUUGUGGACAGGAGCCCCGGCUUUGGAAGGAUGCGUUUAGUUUUCCUCUUCGGUGCUUUCCUUGGUGCUGCGAUGUUUCCUCGAGAUCAGGGACAGUAUUUGGCUGACGACGGAAGAGCAAGCAGCAUGGAGAAGGUCAUCGCCAUGUACGGCGACACCAUCAAGGUGCCUUGCAACAACGGCGACAACAAGCCAGCUGAUCUGAUGUUCACCAAAUGGAAACACUCAAGUGAGAACGGCACUUCAGGAGACAUCUUGGUGAAGCAGGCGCAGAAGGAUGAAGCAAAGAUCACAGCCACAGACACCUAUAAGACCCGUGCUAGCAUCGGGUCUGACUCCAGCCUGCAAAUCAGCCACGCAGUGCUCGAUGACCAGAGAAUCUUCACCUGCAUGGUGGUCUCCAUGUCUAAUCUCAACGAAUACCCUGUUGAAGUUGAAGUGCACAAGAGACCAUCAGCACCUGAAUUCAGGAACAAAGCGAGUCGGCUGGAUGACGGCAAACUGACGCCGCUGGGAGAGUGUGUAGCUACCGGUGCAAACCCCCCAGCAGAAAUCGUCUGGGUGAAGAAUAACAAGUCGCUAGAGGCAGACAACAAGCUUAUCAUUAUUAGUUCCUCUAUAACGAAGGACUCAGUCACUGGUUUGUCCACCACCACCUCUCGGCUGCAGUACACAGCAGGGAAACAGGAUGCAACCUCAAAGUUUGCAUGUGUUGUAAAACACGUGACUGGACCUGACCAGAUGUCUGCACCUGAAAUCUUUAGCAUCCACUACCCCACUGAGAAGGUGAACCUGCAGGUUCUGUCUCCGGGCUCCAUUAAGGAAGGCGAUGAUGUGACACUGAAAUGCCAAGCGGAUGGAAACCCUCCUCCUACCAGCUUCAACUUCCACAUUAAGGGUAAGAAGGUCCCGGUAACCAACUCGGACGUCUACAAACUGCCCAGCAUAAACCGAGCUGACUCCGGAGAAUACAAGUGCUCUCUGAUCGACAACGAAAACAUGCAGGCUUCAGCAAACAUCACUGUCACCUAUCUGGACCUGAACGUCAUUCCCACUGGAAAGAUCCAGAAAAUGGUUGGGGAGUCCUUGGAGGUAAAGGUUGACAAGAAUUCCUCAAGUGAAGCCACAGUGGUCUGGACUAAGAACAACGUCAAGCUGGACAAACUACCCAACUUCAGCUCUCUAACAUACAACAACGCAGGUUUCUACAUGUGUGAGGUGUCUGUAGCUGGAAUCAAACGCAAUGCCAGCUUCAAACUGGAUGUGGAAGGCGUGCCUGUGAUUAAGAGUCUGAGAAAAGAGAGGAGCACAGAUGGCAAAGCAAAGGUGUUGGUCUGUGAGGUUGAGGGAUCACCGGAACCUGAAGUGUCCUGGAGUGUCAAUGGAACCCAUAGCCAGAGCCAAUACAGUAACGGAGUAAUCACUUAUAAACUCACCGUGGUGCCUAGUGUGAACCUGACCGUCACCUGCCGGGUCUCUAACAGUCUAGGGACAGCCACCAUGGACAUCGAAGUGCCAUCCUUACAUCCAGAGAAACCAGAUUCCAGAUCAGAUGAUGAUGAAGACAAGGCCAAGGUGAUCGUGGGUGUGGUGGUGGGUCUCAUCGUGGCAGCUGCACUAGUGGGCGUCAUCUACUGGCUGUACAUGAGGAGCAGACAAGGCAGCUGGAAAACGAACGAGAAGGAGACCGGGACCUCGGAGGAGAGCAAGAAGCUGGAGGAGAACAACCAUAGACAAGGGGUUUAGAGUGUUACACGGGACCGAGACACAGAGACGAUGAGAGGCCUUGUCACACUGAAUGUGCUGUACAACACAACAACAUAUCCAUCAUCUGAUCGAAGACACCUGAUAGGCUGUCAGGCUGCCUACAUGCACAUCACAGAACCGCCUGGAAUAUUUCUAGACAGCCACAAAAACCGUUCCUCCGAGCAAAACCCCAGCACCAUGCAAGAGUUAAAACCACCUGUGUUGUAAAAAUUUAGUCUGCACUGAAAACUGUGUCUUUUUCAUUUAGUUAAACUUGAUUUUCUUGUGUUCCUUGUGAAUGCCCCUUUUUUUCCCCUGCCAUGUGCGUUGCUGGUGUGCUGGGUUCAGCUAUCCCCCCCUCCCCCUCUUUUUGGUAGAAAAAAAAAUAAAUACUGUACACUUUUCAGGCCUUUGUAAAUAUGUCACUGGUGAGCACAGUCUCUUGGUUAGUGCUGCGAUUGCUGUAUAAUUCAGGUUUAAGUAAGGCAGGAUUAAGAGAGCCUGCUGGAUUAUGGAGAGAUGAAGACUUCACUGCUGUUACGCUCUCGUUUUCUGUUUAGAUUUAUCGCGCUGUUUUCCGCCUUGAUCGGUACAACUUUACUUUGUCGACACACGAUAUCUCGAUUCCCGUCGGUCCAGGAGCAAACUAGAUUUCCUCUGAAUUGUUUCAGACACACCCUAUAUUCGUAGUUAUAGGAACAUUAUAGUAGUAGAGUUCUUACUCUGUGGGUUUCAGUUAUAAUUCGAUAAGUAGUAUUAUAAAACGGGGCAUGUCGUAAUGGACCCUUCAUUACGCCAUAUAUUAUGUUACUGAAGAUCCUAAAAAAGACCGUUCGGAGCCCGGUCUACUGGCUAAAACACACUAAACAGGGUGGUUACAUGGGAUAGACACUAGUCCAAAGUCAAUGCUUUACUGUCCAGCUCGAGGACCAGACAAGCAUUACAGUCCACCCAGAAAUAACACUCGUACCAUAUUUUGCAGCCUUGCACAAAGCCUUAAUGCCUACUUUUUAUUUGACUAUUUAUUUCCAGAAAAAAAGAAAUGAAGGUUCUUCUAGCCUCGAUUUCUCUUAUGUAGGUUGUCCAGAAGGUAUAGUGCGUUUUUAUUCAUAAACCUGAGUACUCACUGUAUGCUGUUUUAUGUUUAAGUCCCACACUGUAGUUUUUAGCCUAAGUUUUUAGUCAGAGGCGUUGUUCCGUUAACUGUGAUCUGAAGAAGUUGUAAAUAUGUCCAAGUCUUUGUGUCUUAGCUCAUUUUUGGCUAUUUGUCGUGUAUGAGGUUAGCUGCAAUUUUGCCUGGGCAUUAGUUAGCUAUAACUAAUAAAAACCUUCUCCAUCCCAUCAACAUACACUUAUUUAUAAAGCUGGGAAACGAUUCAGUGACGUAUUGCGAUUCUUUCUGUGGGGUAAUUCAAAUAUCUUCACACUGACUUCAAAUUAUUAUUUUUAAUAACAUUUUUAUUUACUGUAUAUAUGUUUGUAAUUGAGCUGUUGCAGUUCCUCUAUAAUCCUGCAGGUGGUGCACUCUGAACUACUCAGUCAGGUCAGGCAGCACAGCAUCCUGUGUGUUAGAAGUGAAUUAUUUACUUUUUAUUUAAUAAUUUUUUUUUAGAACUGUAACUCUAAAUCUAAAACAAAAAUUACUAUCGAUCGCUUACUAUGAUACUUACGGAAUCGCAAUACAAAUCUGAUCGUCACCUAGGUAUCACGAUAAUAUUGUAUCGGGUGAUCCUUGUUGAUUCCCAUUUCUACUUAUGUAUGUUCCGAAUGUCCCACUGCAGGAUGCAGCUGUUUGGAGAAAUGUUAAGAUUUAGUUCUGUUUUUUUUUUUUUUUUUUCCUUACUUCUCUGGAUGUAUUUGGGAAAUUUUGUCUCAUGCAUAUGUUUAUUUUAAACCAUCAGGGCAGCAGUGAAACCAAAGAGGGCAAAUGAGAAGAAGGCCAUAAAAGUGUUUGUAAAUAUCAAUUUUUGGUUUUGUACUUUUGUUGAAAAUAAAGUGUACAUUUUGAA